ACCUUGUCGCUAUGGAACGGUAACACUAAUCAGCUGGCAUUUCAAUGUUUGUUUAUUUGGCGAUGCACUUUAAAUUCACUAGCAAUAACAAAAGAUAAAAUGAAUGGAGAAAGGCGAUUCGUUUGCAUUAAUUGUGGCCAUAGGGUUAAGGAACUCUUCAAAAAAUAUAGCAACACCCUAAAAACCACAAACUGCGAAAAAUGCCACCAAAUUGCUGAUAAAUACAUUGAAUUUGAAGAAUUUAUCAUACUUAUCGAUGCUUUGCUACUGGACUCUUGCGCCUUCCGCCAUAUAAUAUACAACGGAGAUUUCAAGUUAUAUUGGAAGAUUUCUCUGGUAGUCCUACUCCUAGAAUCAUUUGCCCUUUGUCGACAAAAGGUAAACGAUCCUCCAAACACGGAAUUACAUGUCCACGAAAAGGGAUUCUACGCGUAUACACUGCAAAAUAUCGGAGAUUAUUUGUUUAUGACACUGUUGCUGUUAAUAAUCACCGCAACACUUAGCUUUAAUUGGGUUAAAAAAAUAGGACCUCGCCAUUUCACCUUAACCAUCUUCAAAGUGGUUUUGAUCUCCAACCUGUCCAAGUUCUUCCUGUUACCGAUUUUAAUCUGGAGGAAUAACACUACCGUGUUUGGACGCAGCUUACAUCAUGUCCUUGUCAUGGGUCAUCACUUCUUUUCGCUGAUCCUUGCGUACGAAUCAAUCGUGGUCAGGAGAAAGACCCUCCGAUGGUUAGGAAUAAUAUUAGUGAUUCUUGCAUUUGUACUUAAGGAGUAUUUAAGGCAAUAUGCCGCAUUUCUGAUGGAAGUUAAUAUAAAGUAAAAACAAGUAUGAAAACUAAAGGCUGAAUAAUGAAUUAUAAAACUAAAAAUGGAACAGCCCCCAUCAACUAUUGAAUUAAAACAGCGUUACAUUUUAAUAUUAAAAGCA